GUCGCGCGCAGGCGCGCGCGGGCGCACGGUGAGGUGCGCGCGGUGCCGCGGGUGCGCUCGCGCCCCUCCGGUGCCGCCGCGCGCGCGAUGAACUGGCUGUUCCCGCUCGCCAAGGGCGGCGCCGCCCCCGCCUCCGCCGCGCCGCCCGCGCGCACCGGCCUCCAGCAGCAGCGGCAGCGCCAGGUCGAGUCCCUGCGCGCCGCGCACGCCUCCAUUGCAGAAAUACAGAAAGAUGUGGAAUAUCGAUUGCCAUUCACUGUAAACAACUUGACAAUUAACAUUAACAUUUUGCUUCCACCUCAGUUUCCUCAGGAAAAGCCAGUCAUCAGUGUUUUCCCACCUGUGAGACAUCAUUUAAUGGACAAGCAGGGGGUAUAUGUGACCGGUCCAUUAAUAAGUAACUUUACAAUGCAUUCAGAUCUUGGAAAAAUUAUUCAGAGUUUACUGGAUGAGUUUUGGAAGAAUCCUCCGGUUCUAGCUCCUAGCUCAACGUCAUUUCCAUACCUUUACAACAAACCAGCUGGAAUGCCUCCUUUUGCUCCUCAGGGGUUUCCAUUUCUCCCUCCAUAUCCACCUCAAGAAACAAACAGAACAAUGGCACCCAUGCCCAUUUCUGAAUCAGUUUCUUCAAGCUACACUACGGACAAGCCUGCUGCUCCCUCCUAUGGCUUGAUUGCUGAUCUGCCGCUGCCCGUCCCCACAGCAGAGGCGGUGCUGCAGGUUGGCCAGAAUGGAUUUACAUACAAGAUGCCUGAUAUUCCUGAUACCUUUCCAGAGCUCUCAGAACUAAGUAUAUCACAGCUGACCAGUAUGAAUGAGCAAGAGGAGGUGUUACUGGAACAGUUUGUGACACUUCCACAGCUGAAGCAAGUCAUUACCGACAGAGAUGAGUUAGUGAAAAGCAUUGAAGAGCUGGCAAAAAAAAACCUGUUGCUGGAGCCUAGUCUUGAAGCAAAAAGACAGACAGUGUUGGAUAAAUAUGAGCAACUCACGCAAAUGAAAGCAGCCUUUGAAAAAAAGAUGCAAAGACAGCAUGAACUUAGUGAGAGUUGCAGUCCAAGUGCUCUGCAGGCCAGACUUAAAGUAGCUGCUCAUGAAGCUGAAGAGGAGUCUGAUACUAUUGCAGAAGACUUCUUGGAAGGCAAAACAGAGAUAGAUGACUUUCUUAGUAGUUUCAUGGAAAAGAGAACGCUCUGCCACUGCAGACGAGCCAAAGAGGAGAAACUUCAACAGGCAAUAGCAAUGCACAGCCAAUUUCAUGCUCCACUAUAGACUUCCUGCAAACUACACCUGCCAAGAGAACGAAUGAAAACCCCAAUAAAGCACACUUUUUAAUAACUAUUAUUUGCAAAUAAGCAUUUCAUCUUAUCUGGUUGUAUUUAUAGAAGAGAUUGUAUACAGAGUUGGGAUGGUUUUUGUACAAAUUAGAAUGUCUCUUUAUAUUCUCAUUGUACUCAAGAAUCCUUCUAUUGCAAUCUUUGCAUUAAUUUCUUGUAUUUAUUGUUGAUAGUUAUAAUAUUUAAGUUCCCUGCUGCUAUACUCCAUUGUUCAGAGAUUAAAUAUCUAAACAUGUA